AUGUCUGCUUCAAUAAAUCUUGCCGAAUAUCUCUUCACUCGUCUCCGGCAACUCGGCGUCGGAGCCGUACACGGAGUGCCAGGGGACUACAAUCUGGAAUUACUGGAUUAUGUGAAACCUGCCGGGCUCGUCUGGGUCGGGAAUGCGAAUGAACUGAAUGCCGCGUAUGCCGCAGACGGUUACGCGAGAAUAAAGGGCAUCGGGGCACUGGUUACGACAUUCGGAGUUGGCGAGCUAUCUGCGAUCAACGCCAUCGCGGGCUCUUACGCCGAGUUCGCACCCGUCGUCCAUAUCGUCGGGGCCCCGCCAAGGGCAUCACAGGACGGCCGCCUGCUCAUUCACCAUACUUUCGCGGACGGGGAGUAUGGACAAUUCGCGCGGAUGAGCUCCCACGUCACCGUGGCCCAAACGUCAUUAUGGGACCCCCAGACAAGUGCACAGCAGAUCGACACGGUCCUUCAAGAAUGCCUCCUACACAGUCGACCGGUUUACAUCCAGGUCCCCACAGACCUAGUCACUGCGAGUCUUCCCUCAGACCGGUUAAAGACACCGAUCAGCACUUCGGUGGAUGGGCCGGCUGCUCGCCCUGCUUGGGACGCAGUUUUGGCAAGGAUUAUGGACAGAAUUAACACGGCUAAAACGGCUGUGAUCAUUGCCGACGGCGAAUGCAGGCCUUUACGAAUCAUCGACCAAGUGCAGACAAUCAUUGACACCACCAAGUGGCCAACCUGGACAACUUCUUUUGGAAAGGGGCUUUUCGACGAGACACGCACGAAUUUUCACGGCGUCUACGCAGGAAAAUUUGACGAAGACAUAGUUCAGGAGACCAUAAACCAAGCCGACUUAGUCCUGUUUUUUGGGCCACACUUGUCGUCCACCAAUACGUUUGGUUACACGGCAAUUCCGAGCUCCCAGACCACAAUCUUCAUCAAGAAGAAUCAAGUCGAAAUCGGAGGCGAGAUCUUCCGAGAUGUUCCUGCUACAUUCAUCGCAUCUCGACUUUCCCAGGACAUCGACUUGAGCAAGAUCACUCAGAACGAACCUUAUCCUCCACUGCCUCGUGACCGGCCGGAACCGAUCGACGGCCUCGCCGGCAUCCAACGCCCAAUCAGUCAAGAUAAGCUGUGGCGUACUCUUGCAAACAUCAUCCGACCGGGUGAUAUCGUGCUAGGCGAGACCGGCACCGCUGGCUAUGGCGUACGAGAAAUGCCUUUGCCACCAAACACAAGAGUCUUCACCCCUGUCACUUGGCUCUCGAUCGGGUUCAUGCUUCCAGCUGCCCAAGGCGCAGCCAUGGCUCAGCGAGAGCUGAUGGCAUCUUCCAAGUACCACGGCAUCAAGUCAGGCGACGCCCAAACCAUCCUCCUCAUCGGGGAUGGAAGCUUUCAGAUGACAGCCCAAGAGAUGGCAACGAUCAUCCGACAUAGACUUGACGUCUUGGUGGUUUUAAUCAACAACGACGGGUACACGAUUGAAAGAUGUAUACAUGGUCGCAACCAAGAGUACAAUGAUGUUUCUAGGUGGCGAUAUCUAGAGGCUCCUCGGUUCUUCGGCGCAGAGGAUGAAACCUACAUUGCCGCUGCUCGAACGUGGGCGGAGCUCGCUGAGGUGCUGAAGCACGACAAGGUGAAGGCAUGCGGAGGACUCAGAAUGGUUGAGAUAUUCUUGGAUCGUGAAGACGCGCCAAAAGGGCCACUCCUGCAUUUAAUAGAUAACCAGAGAAAGAAGGAAGCGACAAGCUAG